AUGGCAGUGCCUAAGCGACCACUCAUUCCGCACUGGAUCGAGCACGAACUCAUGCCCUACCUCCGGUGCGCAUUCAGCCAUGAGCUAGCUUACGAUACGGACAUCAGAUCUUCAGUCCUCCGUGCCAUCGAUCGCGCUCUGAAAAAGGCCGACUAUCCAAGCGAUGGUGACGACCUUGUCUUUGAACGUAUCUGCCAGGCCAUCCAAUUCCGAUACAAGAACCUCGCUCCAGACCUAAGCAUCGCCACCGAAAACCUCGAGACGUUGGCUACCUUUCUACUUCGACGGGCGCAACUGACGGGGCCGUAUGAGCUUCUGGGCAGGAUGAAUAUUGCGAGUGGUGCGUGGCGCGAGUAUGAAGAAGGACGACUCGAGGGCUUGAGGUUGGCUGCCGAGGAAGAGAAGAAGAUUAACCUCACCGUUGUGCUCGAUCCACCGCCCAAAGCCGCGCCCACCGAGGAUGAGAUUGAUCCGCGUCUGGUUAACGCACUUCCAGGCCAUUACGUGGCUCCGAGUCUUCGAGGUACGCUCACUGUAGUAGAGGACCAGUACCACCGAGAAUCGAACGCAAGCUUGAGAAGGUACCGCCAGCAGCAGCAAGCCGCUGCGAAUGUCCGUCCUCAGUAUCGCGCUCCCAUGGUUCCCAGAACUGAGGAUCGGCAGCAAUACCCGCGCAACGCAUUGCCUGUCAAAACUCUUGCAUCGUCGUACGCACAAGGAUUGGGACAGCAGUACACGCGCAACGCAAUGCCUCUCAGGACUCUCGCACCAUCGUACAUGCAAGGAUCGGGGCAGCAACAGCACCCGCAGGCAAUGCAAGCUGAUCAUGGACCAUACAGUCCGCCAUCGCAGUACAACACACCCUAUGCCUACCAGCCAUCGUCCGUGCCUGUACCGCAACAGCAGCAGAUGCACCAUUACCCAGCUCAGCCGACAGCAAUGCAAGCACCAUGGCCUAAUGUCAGUGCUAUUGCUUCUCCCUCUGGGUUGAUGAGUCCGCCUGCAAACGCUGUACACCAACCGCAUUCUACGCCGACUUCCAUUACCACUGCAGACAUCACCCAUCUACGCGGCAAUCAGUGGACCGAGGCCGUCGAGCAGCGAGUGCACGACUUCAAUCACCAAUCGCACCCGCAGUCAUUCCAAGCCAACAGCUAUCAGCAGCCUACGAUGCCAACACAGCAGCGUACAGACACCCCGACGCCUACUGGUAUAUUCGGUCAAGUUCCAAUGUAUCAGUCCGCACCAGCGCAGUCCCAACAGACUUACCCGCGGGGCCUCGCACACCACCCCAGCUUCUCCAACGUAACCAGCGCAUUUCCAGACGUCAACUCCAUCUACAAUUGGUCGAUGCAAAACGGCCGAGGACAACAAUAA